UAUGAAGAAGAGAUAGUUUACAAUCCAAUCGAAGCUGGUGAAGCAUUGAGGAUCAAAGUUAAGAAAUCUACAAGAUUCAUGGAAAUAACUAAUGAACCUCUUUACCCUAUGAAAAGUAAUCCUCGAGGAAUAGUAUUGUUGAUAACCAUCAUAGAGUACGUUGCUUUUUAUCGUAAUCGACAAUCAGCAAAGUUAGAUCAUAAAAACUUACUCGAGUUGUUUAAACAAAUGGGAUUUGAGGUUGUUGAGAGAAUAAAUUUGACUGCUGAUGAAAUAAGAAAAGAGAUAAAAGAUUUUUCAAAAUCACAAAAAUUACGACAUGUAGAUUCUUGCUUUGUUAUCAUUUCUGCCCACGGAGACUCGACUGGGGCCGAAGAAAAUGAAAAUGAGGAUAGUGUAAUCCACGGGGUUGAUCAUACUGGAGUUAAAUCGACUCCGCACAAAGAAAUUAAGUGUAAGGAAAUCAUACAAUAUUUUUCAGCUGUGAAAUGUCCUAACAUGAUUAGAAAACCCAAAGUAUUUGUUUUCCAAGCAUGCAGAGGAAAAAACAGACAAAAGGCUCUGACUUCCAAAAGUUCCCAGUGUAUAAACAGCAUCGAAUCGCUGAAUCUAGAAAUUGACGAGAAUGAAGAAAAUUCCACAAAUUCACGUGCUGGCAUAUCUUGUCGUAAUUUUGAGGAUAUUAUUGUGUUCCAAUCUACGUUACCUGGUCAUGUGUCAUUCCGCGACACCAAGUAUGGGUCUUGGUUCAUACAAAUAUUCUGCGAGGUCUUCAUGAAACGAGCUUAUCGUUUAGAUUUAGUUCGACUUUUUCAGAAUAUUGAUAGCCGUCUAGAAGUACUCAAGGUGUCAGACUAUAACUGCCAAACUGCUACCUUAAAGCUAUUAGGGUUUAACAAGCGUCUUUACAUCAAUCCUGGGUAUUUUGAAUAA